AUGUCCAAACGCAUGCAGAACCUCAUCAUGGAGAUCCUCCAGGCGCAGCCGUCGCUUCGAGACUCCAAAACCUACCUCAACAGCUUUGCCCCGCGAAAGGCUCCUCCACGCAAACCACCAGCGCCUCUCCAGCCCGGCUCAUCCGAUCCUACUAGCAGCAGCACCAGCACUACACCAUCACAUUCGCAAUCAUCCGAACAUCACCCGGAGUUUCCCCUUCCACCCAAUGUCGUGCAUCCCGGCAGCCUUCACAACCCCUCGACCACCACCUGGGAUCCGAAGCACAGCAUCUCGCUCGAGACCGACCCGCAUGCCAUCCCAUCGGCUUCAUCCGAUUCCAAAUUGCCCAAGUCCAUCCGCGAUCUCUUGCAGCAAGGCAAAAUGCAUGUCAACGUCGACCAUGCCGAUGCCCCCACCACCUCUGCUGCGCCCCAACACGUCACCACGCAGGAAAGCUCCACCGUCGCCAUCCCCCAGGUCACGCCCGUCUCGGACGCACUCGCAGACUCGCAUACCGCACUCGUCAAGGUUCAGGGCCCCUUCACCGAUCGUCAGCUCGACUCGAUCGCAGAGGGCCUCAUCUACCUCAAGCGUCUCGGCCUCGUCAGCGUCGUCGUCGUCGACCAGGACGACUGGCCCGAGAUCUCGGCCGACAUCGACCGCAACGGCCAGCUCGUAGCAGGCUCGGACGAAGUCGAGGAGCAGCGCAUGGGCGAUUGGCUCGCUGCCCACCCCGCACCCGCCUCCGCCAACCAGAAGGGCAAGCAAAAGGCCAGGGAACCGUGCCGAUCCAGCAUGCUCGGCCGAAAGCAGGAGCGUCUGCGCAAGAGGAUCAUGGCCGAAACGUUGCGCCUCGCCGACAGCCUCAACCGCAAAGGUGCCAUGGCUCGUCCCUUCCCGCAGGCCAUCGUCCGCGUCGACGCCCGCGCCGCUGCUGCCGUCGAGGCCGAGGUGCGUUCCUUUCAGCACAGCCAGCCAACCGGCGCUGCCGCACCUGGCGAAGCUGUGGUCGCCGGCUCCUCCUCCACCUCGCCCACCGUGCACUACGGCAGCGCGGGCGAACAGCGUCUGCGCCCACCGCUCGUCUCCGAUGACAGCCUCACCUCGAUCCGAUCCGCGCUCGCCUCGGAUCAGAUCCCCGUGCUAGCGCCUUACGCUCUCUUUGAGAACGAGAUCGACGGCACGCUCGAGACGCUCUGCGUACGUGCCGACGAUGUCAUGGUCGCCUUGGCUAGGGACAUGGUGGUCGCCGCCAACAACUCGGCCAACAGUCGCAUCGAUAACGCCGCCCCUUCCGCCGCUUCGUCUUCUACCGGCGCCGACCCUCUGUCCGAACUCGCGGGCGGCGAGGUCGACAUGAUGCCCUUGCGCCUCAUGGUCAUCAAUCGCGAGGGUGGCAUCCCCUCGCACGCACGUGGCGGCGAUCCUCACCUCUCCAUCAACCUCGCAUCCGAGUACCACCAGAUCAAGCAUUCUUUCGUCUGGGACGAGACGCAUCCCACCGCACUGCGCAACCUGGACGCCAUCUCGGACUGCCUCUCGUACAUGCCGCAAACUUCGUCCGGAGUGCUCGUCACGCACCGCUCGCCGCGAUCGCUCAUCGCCAACCUCAUCACCAACAAGGCAGCCCACAGCCCGUCGUUGCCGCAUCGGCUGCUGGCCAACAAGAAGGACGUGCGCCAUACGCCCACCAUCGUGCGACCCGGUCUGCCCAUCAAGGUGAUUCAGGAGUUUGACAAGGUGGAUCAGGACAAGAUGACGGCGCUGCUCGAGGCGUCCUUCCGGCGCAAGCUCAACCGCGAAGCCUACUACGAGCGGCUUCGCAAGCAGCUCGACUUUGUCAUUGUAACGGGCGACUACCAGGGCGCGGCGAUCGUCACCAAGGAGUACGCGCCGGACGACGACCGCGAUGCGGUGGAGCCGAUUGCGUAUCUGGACAAGUUUGCCGUGCUUCCGUCGUUGCAGGGCUCGGGCACGGUGGAUUUCCUGUGGGGCGCGUUGCGCGACGAGGUGCAGGGUGUGGGUCUGCUGGAUGCGCUCAACGACAACGGCGGCCGCGGUGGCUACGGCACGGGUCGCGACCUCGUGUGGAAGUCGCGCGCCAACAAUCCGGUCAACCGGUGGUACUAUGAGCGCUCCAACGGAUUCGUGCGCAUCGACACCGACGCCAACGGCACCGGCUGGCAGCUCUUCUGGUGCGAUGCCGAAGACAAGCUCGCGCGUCUGUCCGGCGAGCGUCGUCUGUCGGCCUCGGCUUCGAACCUCGAGGAGGCCGCUGCGAUCGCGCACGACAAUGUCAACCUGCGCCACUCGCUCGACGACGAUGCGCCCGCCUAUGGACGCGGUCCGUUUGGCUACGGCGGCAUCGAGGCGUACGAACGCAGCCGCCGACUUUCGAAGCCGCAGUUCGACUCGCGCCUCCACCGCGGCAGCCUGAGCAUGGAGAGCGGAUCGGGCGGUCGCACCGACUUGACGCUGCUGCCCAUCGUUGCGCCCGAGGAAGGCGGAAGGCUGCUGCGCUGGGCCAAGUGCAUGAAGACGAUCAAGGGCGUCUGGGCCGACUAG